AUGCAGCGAAUGCUCAAGUCAGCAUGCCGUGAUGCCGCUUCUCUGACUGAGCAAGCCGAUGCGCUGAACGCAGUCGCCACCAGCUUGUGCCCAGAGGGUCAGCAGCUUCGGCCAGCAGUUCCAGCAGCACAACCCAAGCCCCAAGCAGCCCAGCCGUGCCAGCAACCGCUGCCGGCAGACGAAGGCGCUGGCAGUUAUCCUCCAGAACCCAGUCUGCAGACGGCGCAAACGGUACAAGGGCCAGAUGAUGCCGUUCAGGAGGCUGCGUCAACGGUGCACCAUGAGGAGAUCACUAAUGUCUCGAACGAGGUUUUGCGACUGCGCUUGCUGAAGAGCCAGCAUGAGGAACUUAAAAGCCAGCUGUCUCGAGCUGAAGCUCAGUUGCGACGACUUUCGCCACACGCAGUGUUUCAGCUGCGAUCGUAUUUGGAGAAGAACUUGCGCGAGCCAAGUUUGGCCAUGCAGGUUCAGGAGGCAAUCGUGAGGCUGAUGCAGUGUCUGCUUGCCAUCUUCAAGGUGGAGGUCCCGUCGCUCACGGCAGAGGCAUUGCUCAGCGGAGCUCGCAAGCUGUUCCGAGAUCCUCACAGUUUUACAUCGAAGCUGUGCGGCAUGGCAGCCUUCUCUUCGGAUGAGGCAAAGAAGUUGGCACCCUUCCUGACGUCCGGCUCUCAAUUUCGGCGUGUCCGAGAGAAAGAGGUUAACGAAUGCUACGAAGCUUUGCAUGGCUGGCUAUCGGCAUUCUACACCUACUCGAGCGUGUCCGAUCAGGUGGUCAUCACGGUGCAACAACUCGAGAAGCAAGAGUGGCUGCUUCGUCGGUUGAACAACCAGGCCGUGGACUUGCUUCUUGUGCCAGCGGUCCCGUCCUCCAGCGCCAGUGUGAGUGGAGGAGUACCUGCUCCGCAAGUAGCUUCGACGUUUGCUGCAGUGUCUGCUCGUACAUCCCAGCCGGUGCCAAGCCAUGCCAAAGCUGUGUCGUCUGCCCGAGUCACGGCGUCUCCCCUCACUCGAUCGAGGCGUGGGUUGCAGGGCUUUCCUGCUGGACCUACAGCUUUGAGGCCCGCCCUGGGAAGAUCCAGAGCGACGGCAGCUUGGUCAUCGGAGGUCGAGGGCACGCACAGCCGCUCCCAGUCACCAGUACAGGGAAGUGGAAGUAGCCGGGUCUCAGCGCGGCCUCGUGCCAUCUCCUCUGUGGCCUUCGGCAGCCCAGCGAUGGUUUCAGCGCGGUCGAAGGAGGCUACAUCUCCACCGAAAGCAGCUGCAACUGCGCCAAUCGGGCGUGCACGGGCGGACACGGCCUGUGGCAUCUUCGCUGGAAGCGCUUCAGCGGAGGGUCUCGCACGUGUUCAUUCAGACAAAGCUCUGACACGAAGUCCCAGGACAGUUGGAAGGCACGAUAGCCGCUCACCAUCACCCGGAACUGGCAGAGCGUCUCCGUCUGUGCCGCAGCGCAUGAGGGGUCCACCUCAGACCUUUAAGGUCCGCCGCGACGCACGGCCAAUUUCGCCAUCUGCUUCCGAG